AUGCGCUAUCCUUCCCUCUCAACACUCCCCUGGCUCGCCGUCCUCCCUAUCGGAGGCCUGUCAUCAGAGACCCACGCCUCAAACCCUCAUCGUGACCCAGCAGUCACACUCCCCAACGGACCUCGGGGGAGAGCGACCUUCAUCGGCCGCUCUCUCCCGGGAUUUGACCAGGAACUGUUCCUAGGCAUUAAAUACGCAGAUGAGCCCGUUCGGUUUACACCCUCAACCUUAAAGACAGUCUAUACCACCAAUGACAGCGACUCUGGCCCUGUUCGGUCUUCGUCUGCGCAGCGGGCUGUUCUCUACAAUGCCACCCAGUAUGGCUUUGACUGUCCUGGGUACGGGUCUGACGAGACAAAUCUUGUGGAAAUGGGAUUGAUCCAGUUGAGUGAGAACUGUCAUAAUUUGAAUAUCAUUCGACCUGCGAGAGACUCAAAAGAUGAUGAGUUGCUUCCCGUUAUGGUAUGGAUAUUCGGGGGUGGGUGGCAGCAGGGUGCGACGGCUGAUCCAAGGUAUAAUAUGACAUAUAUAACCCGUCAGGCCGCUCUCAAUGGAAAGCCAAUCCUCGGAGUCUCGAUCAACUACCGAGUCGCUGCUUUUGGUUUUCUGGAUUCGGAGGAGGUUCGCGCUUCCGGGAACAAUAAUCUAGGCCUUCUCGACCAGCGUGUUGCCAUGCGCUGGAUCCAAAAGAACAUCGCAGCCUUUGGCGGCGACCCAGACAAGGUCACGAUAUGGGGCGAGUCUGCAGGUGCCUAUAGCGUCGGAGCUCAUCUUGUAGCGAACAACGGCGAUAACGAGGGCCUUUUCAGGGCCGCAAUUAUGGAGUCAGGUAACGCAGUCGGACCACCCUGGAAUGGCACAGACUGGCACCAGCCGAUGUACGACCGCAUCGUGGACGCAGUAGGAUGCUCAAACUCCUCGGACACACUCCAAUGCCUCCGCGAAAUCCCCUUUGAUACGCUAUACGCUGUUGCCUACGAGGGGCUCGAAUGGUUCGCCGCCGUCGAUGGGGAAUUCAUCAAAGAGUAUCCCCAAAUCAGUAUCACGCAGGGUCGACUCGCCAAGGUACCUAUCCUUCUCGGAACGAAUACAGACGAGGGCGUUAGCUUCGGCACUACGGGCGUUGAUACAGAUGAGGAGUGUAUUGCGCAGCUUAUUUCCUCUAAGCGCUGGGUCCUCACCGAGGAGCAAGCAAUGGAGCUCAUAACAUAUUACCCAGAUGAUCCAACAGUCGGAUGUCCCUACGGCUGGGGAAACGUCACCUGGCCCGCACGAGGGCUCAUGUAUAAGCGAUAUUCGUCGAUGGCCGGCGAUAUUACCAUGGACGCACCGCGACGGCUUCUCGCGCAAACUAUGGCGCAGUAUAAGAAGGACGUGUACUCGUAUCGGUGGGACGUAUCAGCGCUCAACGAGACGAGUAAUAUCGGCGUUAGCCAUUUUGCAGAGAUUCCCUUUGUUUUCGCAAAUCCCGUUCAAAACUUCACGAGGCUAGGCGACGACCCUGCCCGUCUCGAACUCGCGAAUCUCGCCGCUCGGAUGUGGACGUCGUUUGUGGUGGAUCUAGAUCCGAAUGGGCAUGGCGUCUCCGACAUCUCCCAAUGGCCUCGGUACCCAUUCAAAUCAAGCUCCACCAAGGUCCAGCCCUCGAACUUUGUCUUUCGUCUUCCGAGAGAUCAGAGCUAUGUUGAGGAUGAUACUUAUCGCGAGGAAGGGAUGGCGUACCUUAAUACUAUUUCGCGGUAG